AAGGCUCAGCUUCUAGAUCAAGCUUCGAUCAGUAAAGAGUGCUGUGAUAAGUUGCAUUUGACUCUAGCUGAAUCUUCAGUUAUUCCGCAGACGGAAGAAAGUCCAACACCGAGUUUAAUUCUUUCACUACUAGAAGAGUAUUUAUCUGCGGAUUAAUUGAAAGUUACUGAGAGUAGUACUGUGCUCUUGCAGUUUUCAAUGUAUUUUUAACUCUUCAUCCAAACACAAUUGGUGACAAUGUUGUAGAAAUGAAUUGCUUAGAGCAUCAGAACUACCUCACAAACCCUUGCUUCAAGGAGUGUCUGUUCUGGGCUGGACGACUGUAUGAGACUUACAGCGACGCAAUUUACGAUUUCGUGCUAACGAAAUGGAAAAAUGGACCACAGUUCUACACUGAUGACGAUGAGGCAAAUAAAUUCAUGAAGCUUUUGAUGAUAAUUUUGGGGAAACCGACCAAACAGGCCAGUGCUGUGACAGGAUCUUUAGUCAAGCGGGGG